UUUAAAAAAUUGCAUUUUUAUACUUGAAAUAAAAAAAUAAAAGAAAAAAAAGAGUUAUGCUGAGACGUUAACAAGUCUAAGGGAAACAUCCUUUUCUAUAAAAUCUAUCGAAAAGGAAAACUAUUACGAAAGGAGAAGAAAAUGUGGAGCCUCUAAUGAAUAGUUUAGUAGCGGCAGAAAUUUGGUUUCAUUCAAAUUAACAUGAGACGUCCGAAAACAUCAUUAAAGAAAUAUUUUUAUUUCACAAUAAUAUGUGCUCUGCUGCUUAUAUUCGGAUUUAAUUUAAAAGAACGUGAAGCAUGGAAAUCGAAAGCAUCGACUCAUUUCUCGCUUACAUCCACACGAUUAACGCAUCAACAGCAGCAGCAACAACAACAACAACAUCAACAUCAACAUCAACAACAACAACAACAACAACAGCAACAACAACACUUAAUUUUGCCUCAUUCAAAUAUCGGAUAUGAUUAUGAUGAUAAAUAUAAUGACGAAACCUAUAGUCCUGAAAUGGAGGAUAACAAGAACGAUGACAAAAACUUAUUAUCAAUCCGCAAAACAGUCCAUACUACGAAAAUCACGAAUACUGAAACAGAGUUAACCAACAGUGAACAACAACAACAACAGCAACAACAACAACAACAGCAACAGCAGCAGCACCAGCAACAGCAGCUGCACCAGCAGCACCAGCAGCACCAGCAACUGCAACAAAAUCAAAUUGCUUCCGAUCCUUUACAGUCGAAUGUUAGAGCUUGGUUUUUCAAGAAUGGCAAAUAUUAUCCGAAUCCGGCGCCGGUGCGUAAAAAACGCAAAGGUAAAAAAGCUCAUUUACAGGGUUCGAAAUUGUUCCCAUUUCAAGAUCCACACAGUGAUCGUAUUGUAAAUCAACUUAUGUAUGUACCAUCCAAUUAUGACGAAAUUAAGGUCAGUGGCAAAUUGAAAACCAUUCUAUUGUAUAACGGUUUGGGUCCUUGGAAUGUUAAACAAGGUCGCGAAGUCUUCCUACGCUCGAAAUGUCCGGUGGAUACGUGUGAAAUUACAGCUGUUCGUGAUCGCGCCAAUACCGCAGAUAUGAUUCUAUAUAAAGAUCAUUAUAUACCGACAGGUUUUAGGCGUCCAGCCAAUUCCCACCAAGUCACAAUGCUAUAUUACUUGGAAUGCCCCUAUCAUACGCAGAACGUUAAAGUAGCUGAUGCCAUCAAUUGGACGGCAACAUAUAGACGCGACAGCGAUAUUGUGGCCCCUUACGAGAAAUGGCAAUAUUAUGACAGUCGUAUUCAACAGAUUGAACAGGAUCGCAAUUAUGCCAGCAAUAAGACGAAACGGGUUGCCUGGUUUGUAUCAAAUUGCGGAGCACGUAACGGUCGUCUACAGUACGCACACGAAUUAAGCAAAUAUAUCGAAGUUGACAUUUAUGGGGCUUGCGGCAAUUAUAAAUGUUCACGGGUAACGGCCGAUAAAUGCUUUGAAAUGUUGGAUCGUGAUUAUAAAUUUUACCUCGCAUUUGAAAAUUCCAACUGCAAAGACUAUGUAACUGAGAAAUUUUUUGUAAACGCCUUAAAUCGUAACAUAUUGCCCAUAGUUAUGGGUGCACGACCCGAAGAUUAUGAAGUCAGUGCACCACACCGCUCCUAUAUACAUAUAGAUGAAUUUGCCUCGGCAAGUGAAUUGGCCGAUUAUUUGCAUAUACUGGAUAAAGAUGAUAAAUUAUAUAAUUCAUACUUUAAUUGGAAGGGAACGGGGGAAUUCAUAAAUACAUAUUAUUGGUGUCGGGUAUGUGCCGCGCUGCACGAUGAAGACUCGCUGCGUAAACCGCGUUGGUAUACGGAUGUUAAUGAUUGGUGGCGUGGUGCGGGUGUUUGCACAAACGGUUCGUGGCGUAAUUUUAAAGCGCGCAAAGACAUCAUUACGGAUGAUUAAGCAAUUAAGGUUACGGCAGUGACGUCGCGAGAACGAGAAAAAGAAUAGUUUCUUUACGAUUGUUGCAAAAUCAAUCCAAGCCAGUGUAGAUUGCAAGACAUGAUGUUUGCAUUUUAGGAAAUUCAAAUUUCUAACUACACUUCGUUUAGUAAAAGUUUUAUAGAAAUUAAUUUAGUUAGAAGUAUUUUAUGAGACAUUCAUAACGUGACUGAAGACAGCCAAAACUGCGAACACCUUGAUUUCCGUUUCUAUCUAUCUAUCUCGCUCUCUCUCUCUCUCUCUCUCUCUCUCUCUCUCUCUCUUUCUGUUUUUUGAUUACCUUAAUAGGUUCGCAUUAGAUGUUAGAAGGUAAAAAAAGUUUUCCAAUCUAAUUAAAACAGAGCCCUUAGAUUAUUAAAAAAUGUGUACAUUAACGCGAUCUAUUUGUCUUGUUCACUUUGAAAUUGAAAUGUUUCUCAUACCUUGUUGUCGUUGCCCUUUCAACUAUGCCCGUUUAGUCCAGACGUAAAGCAAAUUUUUAGUGAUUCAUAGUCGAUGAAUGUUAUA